AUGUCAUUAUCACUCCCGCUUAAACGAGAGGGCCAGGACCCGGACAAUCGACCGCUGAGGAGAAGUAUCAACUUGUAUCGAUCAGCAGCCCGCCGCACGUGCGGCUCGGAUGCGGCGUACUCUGUGGGCGCGGACGAUAUCCUCUGCAAAGGUCCCUCGCAGUGCCCCUAUGAUCCUGAGGCGCGUCCCCAUGCUGUUUUCAGGCAUGAUCAUCCCCACGGCAAGAAGAAGCCCAAAUGUGCAGACAAGACUGUAGAGCUAUUGCGGGCUAUGGAGCGAUCUUCGGGUGAACGGGAGGGCGAAGUCGCUGACGAGACGCGCUCCAGCUCUACUUCUAAGCGGCGUGAACCGGUCGUAGUUUGGAUCGAUGGGGAUACGGGAAUGAAGAUGGAGCCUCCCAAGGAAGGCGUGCGUGUGCGCGAAUCGUAUUGUAGGACAAAAGUUGAGGACGGAGAGGCGGGCCCAACACUCACAUUUGGCCCUUAUCACCGGUCUCUUCUUGAGACCAUGGCACAGGACAUUCCCAUUGCGCCAGGACCGGCACAGAGGACUCCCCCUGGAACUCGGGCGCACCAUGGUCCGCCUCCUCCUCCUGCUCAUCAGGAGAAGCCGAUUCCGUCACCUUUCCUCGCGGCCGGCAGCCGGACUCUCCCGCAUAACCCGGUUACCGAGCAGACCAACGCCGAGGGGCGUAUGAACGAGGCGAUAAUCCACAUGACAAAUUACUAUCGCCAGGAGCAAUCUGAUCCGAAACAGCCAGUAGUAGAUAUGCAGCGUGAGGGAGUGGCCUUCGCGUUGAAGAGUCAAGAGCGUUUCCGAGAGGCGACCGAGAUUGCGCGACAGCGACUAGAGGAGCAGAAGCUCCUCGCGAAGAAGGCGCAAGAAGAAGAGGUGUUGAAGAAGGAGGCGCUGAGACGGAAGGAGCUGCAGCGACAAGAGUUUGAGCAGCAGCAGCAACAGCAGCAGCGCGAGUACCAGCUUAAGCUGGAGCAAGACGAAGUGCGAGCGCGCAAGCGCAAUCGAAUGGAAGAGCGCAUCACCAGGCAGCUCCGGAUGAAGCAGCAGCAGGAGUACGAGCUCGAGCAGAAGCAGAGGCAGGAAGAGCUGCAGCGGCAGGAGGGCUUUGCUAAGCAGAGACAGUUGGAGAAGCAUCAGCUCGAGAUGAAGCAGCGCCAGGAGUUCCAGGUCAAGCAGAAGCAGCAGCAGCAAGAGCAACAGGAGCACGAGCUCAAGCUGAAGCAAAAGCAAGAGUACGUUGCGCUGAUGUUGAAGAAACAGCAAGAACGCAGGCUCGAGCUGAAGAAGCUGCAAGAUGAGGAGAGGCAGAGGCAGCAACAGAAGCAGGCAGAGCUGCAGCGACAAGAGGAGCAAGCCAAGCAGAGGCAGCGAGAAGAGUACCAGCUCCAGAUGAAGGAGCGAGAGGAGUAUCAGCUCCGACAAAAGCAGCAGCAGCAGCAGCAACAACAACAACAAGAACUCGAGCGCAGGAAGAAAGAGUCACAAGAACUUAGACUCAAGCAGCAGCAGCGACAUGAAGCUCUGCUCAAGAGUAAGCAGGAGCUCGAAGCGCUGCAGAGUGGAGUCAGACAGCGUGAGGCCGAACUCAUGCAGAAGCAGCGACAAGAGUACGAGUUCAAGGAGAGACAGAAGCGAGAGGAGCAGCAGCGGGUGCAGCUGAAGCGGCAGGCAGAGUACGAAGCCAAGAAGCAGCAGAUCGAGGCUUCUGACGUCUCCUCUAAGCCUGUUUACAACCCUGAGCAGGGGUAUGCCGAUAUGAUUGACAUGAUCAAGAAUUGGCAGCUUUCGGCGACGAAGGCAAUCCAUUCCAUCUCGGAGGAGUUGGGUCGGAUCUCUGCUACCGCGGCCAAGGCGGAGGAGCAGAUCGAGCGGGACGCCGUCGCUGCGGGGGUUGCUUCCAAGCCCGAGAGCGUGGCCAAGGCAGCUGAGGCGUCAAAGGCCGAGGUCGAAGCCGAUCGCGAGAUUCCUCCCUUCUCGUUGGGUUCUCCUCUUUCUCCUGUGAUUGACCCCCGCAAUUGGUCUAAUCCCGGCGCCAACUCAAGUCAAGGGAUGGUGCAUAGGCUCGCCAAGAAGGAAGACGAUGUUCAGAAUUUUGACUUUAUCAGCCAUGAGGAUGCUCAAGAUCCCGCGGAAGAGUUCAUCAUCACGGAACCUAUCAACUGCUGCGAGAAUGGCAAGAACUGCAAGUAUUGCAAAUGCCAGGAGCCACCGCAGGCUGGUAUUGCUAGGGCGUUGCCUUUGGAGUUCUUUGAUGAUGAUUUCCUCCUCAUUUGA